CGCGCGCGCGCGGUUUGGGACGCGCACGAGCCUGCCGAGGCGGCGCUGGUGACGGGGGGCUGCCAACGUCUGUCCCGCCGCGCUCCAGCGAAGGCAGGCGGCGCCUAGGGGGAGGCCGGAGGCGGCGGAGGAUCGGGGAGAGGCGGCACCGCACGGGCUGCGCCGCUGACCGAUGUCCGUCCCUCGCUGUUGUCCGGCUCCGGCGCGCCUGGGCGAGGGAGGGAGACGAAGCCGGCGCGCCAUCCUCCCUCGGCCGCGGCGGUGACCGAGAGCCCCGGCCGGAAAGCGGCCUUGCUCCCCCCCUCGAAGCGGGCGGGCGGGCGGGCGGGCUUCCCCCUCCGCCGCCAGGGGGACCCGCGUGGCUGGAGAGCGGUGCCUGCUUCUCCCGCUGCUCCGCCACUCCCCCAUCCCCGAAGGUGGCCGACGGAGCGAGCCCGGCCCCGCGGAGAUUGCUACAACACAUACUCAUAGAUCGGGCAACAAGGAGCUAAAUGCUCUACCUUGCUGAAGGGGAAAAAAGAUCAGAAGGUAGCCACAGAAAUAAAAAGAGCGACAAGCUUGGAGCUAAGGCUAAGAGUAUGUGACUGGCCCAAGGUUACCCAGCAUCUUCCAUAACAGAGCAGAGAAUCAAACCUGGGUUGCCCAGAUCCUAGUCUGUCACUCUGACCACUAUGCUGUCAGAUGCAGAACAUGAUCCCCGACAACAGAUUUAAAGAAGACUUACUGACUUCAAUGUACAACUAUUUUUGUAUUUGACUUAAAGUGCCAUGAGAAAGUUUGCAUAUUGCAAGGUGGUUCUUGCCACCUCACUUGUUUGGGUCCUUUUGGAUAUGUUUUUGCUGCUUUACUUCAGCGAAUGCAACAAAUGUGACGAGAAAAAAGAGCGAGGCCUACCUCCUGGAGAUGUUCCAGAACUUGUACAGAAGCCACAUGAAGGUCCAGGAGAAAUGGGAAAACCUGUUGUCAUCCCUAAAGAGGACCAAGAAAAAAUGAAGGAUAUGUUUAAAAUUAAUCAGUUUAAUUUAAUGGCAAGUGAAAUGAUUGCACUCAACAGAUCCUUACCUGAUGUCAGACUGGAAGGGUGCAAGACAAAGGUGUAUCCAGACAACCUUCCUACAACAAGUGUUGUCAUUGUCUUUCACAAUGAAGCUUGGAGUACUCUCUUGCGAACUGUUCAUAGCGUCAUAAACCGAUCACCACGACAAAUGCUAGAAGAAAUUAUAUUGGUCGAUGAUGCUAGUGAAAGAGACUUUUUGAAGAGACCUUUGGAGAACUAUGUGAAAAAGUUAAAAGUACCAGUCUAUGUGAUUCGAAUGGAGCAGCGUUCUGGAUUGAUUAGAGCCAGGUUGAAAGGUGCGGCUGCCUCGAAAGGCCAAGUCAUCACCUUCCUCGAUGCUCAUUGUGAAUGUACAGUAGGAUGGCUGGAACCUCUACUAGCACGGAUAAAAGCUGACAGGAGAACGGUGGUUUGUCCUAUAAUUGAUGUAAUCAGCGAUGAUACUUUUGAAUAUAUGGCAGGAUCUGAUAUGACUUAUGGUGGGUUCAAUUGGAAGUUGAAUUUCCGAUGGUAUCCUGUUCCCCAGAGAGAAAUGGACCGAAGGAAAGGUGACAGGACCCUUCCAGUCAGGACACCUACUAUGGCAGGUGGUCUUUUUUCCAUAGACAGGAACUAUUUUCAAGAAAUUGGAACAUAUGAUGCUGGAAUGGAUAUAUGGGGAGGAGAAAAUCUAGAGAUUUCAUUUCGGAUUUGGCAGUGUGGGGGAACUCUGGAAAUUGUGACAUGUUCACACGUUGGUCAUGUUUUUCGAAAAGCCACUCCUUAUACUUUCCCAGGAGGCACAGGUCAGAUCAUCAAUAAAAAUAAUAGGCGGCUUGCAGAGGUUUGGAUGGAUGAGUUCAAGAACUUCUUCUAUAUUAUUUCCCCAGGAGUUACAAAAGUAGAUUAUGGAGACAUAUCAUCGCGAGCUGGAUUAAGACAGAAACUACAAUGCAAGCCCUUUUCUUGGUACCUAGAGAAUGUUUAUCCUGAUUCCCAAAUACCACGCCACUAUUUCUCUUUGGGAGAGAUAAGAAAUGUGGAAACAAAUCAAUGUCUGGAUAACAUGGCAAGAAAAGAAAAUGAAAAAGUUGGAAUUUUUAACUGUCAUGGAAUGGGUGGCAAUCAGGUUUUCUCGUACACAGCCAACAAAGAAAUUCGAACAGAUGAUUUGUGUUUAGAUGUCUCAAAACUGAAUGGCCCAGUCACAAUGCUCAAAUGCCAUCACUUAAAAGGCAAUCAGCUUUGGGAAUAUGAUCCCGUGAAAUUAACCCUGUUGCAUGUGAACAGUAAUCAGUGCCUGGAUAAAGCCACAGAAGAUGACAGCCAGGUGCCCAGCAUCAGAGACUGCAAUGGGAACCGUUCUCAGCAAUGGCUUCUUCGUAAUGUUACCCUUCCGGAAACACUCUGAAAAGUUUUCUAAGAGGAGGAUUGACUGGGCUACCUCAGCAAAUAUAACAGGCUGCAGCCUUCUGUAGCAAGCAGAAGCUGCCAGGUUUCUCAGCCGCUAGAUAUAGACUCUUCUGUGUCUUCAAGAGCUGUGAGCUAGCCAUCUUGGUGACAAGGGCAUGGAGUGAAUAAGUCCUUGUUGAAUUGGAACACUGAUGUUUACAAGAUUGAAAAUUUUUCAUCAACUAAUAUAGAACAUUGGGACCAGCAAGAAGUAACCAAGGAAAUAUGCUCUCAGGAGAGUGGCAUUAACCUAGUUUGCUUGUACAGUGGUAAUUUUGGCCAAAAGUGCUGGUAUGAAGAUUUUUGCAUUGUUAAUAACCCAGAUAUCAAACUUAGAUACAAACAUAAAUGAAGCAGAUACAACAUCAUCAAACAAAAAAUCAUUAAUCAACGAAAUGUGUAAACAGGGUUUAGAGCAAAGAAAUCAGAACUAUAGAAAGUACAGUUUGUAAUACUUAAAAGCAUCAAAUUUAUAUGUAGGUUUUUUUACCUCAGUGGAAAAAAUAUCCAAGUGAACAACAGCUUUAUGUUCAACUGUGUGGUAGUCCAUUAAUAUAUUUUCCUUCCCCUGGUGGAUCUGAAAUUAUUUUGGGCAAAAAACGAAAUCAUGAGCCUAAAUAAAAUUGGGUCUUUGAAUGUCAGUUCAAGUUUUUUUAAAAAAAACUUUUCUGGUUGGCUUGUGAGCUGUUGGAACAACUAAUGCAUUUUUAAUUGUCUGAAAACUGAAGGUUUACCAGCAUACUUUGUGAUUUGCUGUUUCAGCUGUACUUGGAUGAGCCGCCCGUUUGACGUUCUGUCACUGGUUCUUAAGGAACUACCAGUGCAUUUCAAAUUUAUUUUAAAUUGACUGUGACUGGGUUAGACGCUGUGGAUCUGUUCUACUAGCGGUAGUUCUUCACUUCAGCAGAAGGAGCCUUCCUCCAUUGCAAAAAUGUCUUGCAUCUGGUCAAAGCUCCACCUGCUGGAGGUAGGCCCCUCUGCUAGUGGGAGGGAUCCACGGGAUCCAGCCCAUUGUGUUUCAAGGCCAAACUGCCUACUGCUAAGGGUCGUAUUUUGUUCUCACAGCAAUAACGCUUUCAUUCUCAGAUUCCGAUGAUCAGAGAGCCCGAAAAUGUAGCUUAUUCAGGUAAUAAGCAACUGGCAUCUGAAUGAUUCCUGGAAGGGCUUUUCCACUCUCAUUCCUAUUUAGAUUAGAUUCUUGAAUUGUAAUGUUGAUCCGCUGCUUUUUUUCUAAUAAAAUCGAAGGAAAAUUGUUAAACUGGCCUCUUUUUAAAAAAUGAAUGUUGCCAAAGUCCCCAUGACCCAGUGUGCUACAUCAGUCUAGUGCUUUGAACAAAAUAGCUUGAUACAACAGCCUCUUUGAAGGAUCAUAGCAGUGGGAAAUAUGAUGGAUUCUUUUACAACAUGCAGAAUGAACUCUCGCCUUAAAGUAAAGCUAUAACAUGUUGUCCAGUGGCCAGGACAAUUUGGAAAUAGAUCAGUGUUAUCAGUUUUUGGCAAAUCAACAAGAUGUGCAUAUAGAGAGGGGAGGUACAGUUCUCUAUUUUUCUAGUCAGUUACAUGUUGCCUUAAUCAACCAUUUUCACUAUUAUAUGAGCUCUUGAGUUACAUGCAACUCCACUGCUAAGCACUGUAUAUAAAUCUGAACUGUACAAAUCUUGAUUUGUUGAUGUAGAGAGCUCUGCCUGGGGCAAAGUUCAUAUUUAACAUUUGCCCUUCAGGUGUAAAACUUUAACAUUGAUGUAGCCUUCAUUCAGAGAAAGCUCUUCUAAACUAUGGCAUUAUGCUAAUAAGGAAAGAAAUGAAUUUUUUAAAAUCUGCAACAAGUGUAUAUGUAAAAAUGUAUAUCAUAAUGUCAGGAGGACUAGGACAUCACUCUGCAGCUGUGUUUGUUGUUUUUUAUCUUUCCCUUCUUCCAACCAACUCUGUGAGAUAACUUAAAUUUGUAAGAAGGAGGUUGGCCAAGAUUUCACUGUGACCUUCACAGCUGGAGCUUCCAUAUCUAAAUCCAGUAAUUUAGCUACUGCACAAUAUUGGCUUCUCAGAUCUUUCCCAGUGAGGUCAGUGGAGCUUGCAUAAAAUUGCCAUAUUAGUGUUGCUAAAGUGGUGGACUUUUAACGGGGUGGGGAGGCUAGCUGAAGAAGAUAACACAAGAAUGUAGAGCUAAUUAAGGGCCUUUUUAGAGCAGAAAGCCUACCCAGUGAUGGCAACUGUUUAAGAAAUUUUAAUUUGGGUCUUAUGUUUCCUUCUCAACUUUGCAAUCCUCUUCCCAAAUUGUGCAAUACUUAUGCAUACAAAAAAAAGGAAAAGAAAAGCAAUUAAAACUAUAGGAGACAGUUACUAUUUUAAUAUGAAUUCCUCUGCCAAAUAUAGUAGACCUAAGUGUUCCUUUAAAAAAAAUGAGAUUUAGGCACUAAAAAUCUGUCCACAAACAACCUUUUUCACCCCAAUGAGCAAGGAUUCUGUUUGUUUGGAUGAAAACACCUUUUUUGCAAUCUCAGUAACAUCUUACAGAAGUUGGAGAGAAAAUAGUCUAAAAUAACGCUAUUUUGGAAAUAAAAUUCUCUCUGGAGGAAAAUCUCAGACAGUCUUGAAUGUUGCUUUGUUUUUGUAAUUCACUUCUCUAUUUUGCACAUGGACAUCCCUAGAAUUUUACACAUUGGUACUGUUCAUAGAAAGAAUGAUAGUAAAGUUGCCAAAAACCAAUUAAGUUCACAAAACUGCCAAGAGAACAAGAGUUUGCUUUUGAAAACUAAAUAUUUGAGAACUGUUGUAAAUGGGCUUACCCAUGCACAUAAGAGUACCCUAAUGAGAUGUGGUGUUUCUUCAUUUCACAAUGGUGCUUGAUUCUUUCCAUAGCUUGUAUAUUGUCUUUUUAUACUUGCAGUUAAUAUCCUUUUCUUAAUUCAUGCUGUUUUAACAGAAGAAUGAUCUGAUCACAAAGAUUCAGAUUUCUUUAAUGUCUUGUUUGUUCAUGGUGGAAUUAGUCUUGUAAAAAUCCCUUUUUUAGAUUUGCCCAGUGGGUCAAAUCAUACCAUUUCUCUCUGCUUUGCUGUUAAAGGUACAAUAUUUGGAGACAUUAUUGAAGAGACUUACUCAUUUCACAGUCAUGUUUUAAACUGGUUUAGCAGGUUUCUCCAGAUAGACCAGUGCGAGAAGAUACGUUGUUUGUGAUACUUUGGUGACCUGGUGCACAUGGCCAUUGUUACCUGAGGUUUACAGUAAAUGCAAUAGAAAAAUCGUUUGGGGCAAAGUUCAAGUAAAAUUACCAUUCUUUGGAGGAAAUGAUGUGUUAUACAACAUCUAAUACUCUUCCUGAGAUUAAAAAAAAAAUGCAAACACUUGAA